AUGAGCCCAAAUAUUUGUUGUCUUUGUAAGCUAUUCAGAGAAGACGAAAAUGGGAUCACUUCUAAAGUGUCAUUGGAGGAAGUGCUACAGUGGUCCCAAUCUUUUGAAACGCUGAUGACUACUAAAUAUGGGCCUAUAAUCUACAAGACCUACCUGAAGACAGAAUACAGUGAUGAGAACAUUGAAUUCUGGCUUGCAUGUGAAACUUACAAGAAGAUUGAAUCACGGAGGAAAAGGAUUUCUGUGGCCAGGAGAAUUUUUAAAAAUUACAUUCAGCCCCAGGCGCCUAAAGAGAUUAACAUUGAUAGUCCUGCAAGGGAAGCUAUUAUCAGGAAUAUUCAAGAACCAACUCAAUCCUGUUUUGAUGAAGCUCAGAGAAUAGUUUACAUGCACAUGGAAAGGGAUUCAUAUCCCAGGUUUCUUGGAUCAGAAAUCUAUCAGAAACUCAAACACAGGCCUUCAGACUGA